GGUGAGAGGCCAUCGCCCUUGGCAACUUCUCUCCCUAAUAUGGUACCUUAUUUUACUGGGCGUCGAAGAGAAUGUGAUGAGAUCAUGGGUUACAUGACUUCCAAUACCACCCAGCUCGUGUCAAUCUGGGGUUCACCUGGAUUUGGAAAAACAUCCGUUGCAAUUGCGGUGGGACACGAUCUCCAACACAAUGGAAUACCCGUCUGUUGGUUGUCCCUACGUGGUCUGAGGUCAAAAGCAGCUCUAACUUCAAAGAUUCUUGGCUGUAUCAGGCGAUCUGUCAUAAAUGAACAGCCCUCGUUUUUGCGUCUUUCUCUUGAUGAUCAGCUUUGUCAGCUAUUAAGCGAAAUUUCGGAACGAUCUUUUUUCAUUUUCGAUAAUGCUGACGAUUUGUUGGAAAGUGGUGACCCAAAAGUAAAGGAAGAUGUUUUACAACUCAUUGAAGAAAUUCUCAGGCGCAAUGAAAAGCUGACAAUCGUAGUAACAACGAGGGAGUCUCUGGAGUUUAUGAACGUACAUUUUCAACGCCACAAGAGUGUAAGGAUAAGAACAUUAGAAGAAGCCUCUGCUCAGACCUUAGUUCAUAAAUUCCUUUCAAACGCCAGUUCUUCAGACUAUCGGCGAAUAACGAAAAUCUGUGGCUUUGUACCCUUAGCAAUUAGAUUAUUGUGCUCCUCGAUUUCUGAAUAUGAAGGUCAACCGAGCCAGUUUCUUGAUGAAUUAAUGCAGGACUCCGCUUCAGUGAGUAUCAUCGAGAUGCUAGACAUCCCAGAUUAUCCUUCCAAUCUCCGGUUGCAAUGUCUUUUUUCCUCAUCUUUCCAAAGACUAAAUGCACAGGAAAGAGAAGCACUAGUGUCGCUGAGCAUUCUUCCUGAUAAUUUCGGUACUGAGGUUGCUGCUGCCGUCUUGGAUAAAAACAUUAUUCACUCCUUGAAGAUACUGCGAAGCUUUCGGAGAAAGUCACUUCUUGAUUUGGGUUUGCAGGAAGAGUUCUUCACCAUGCACAAGCUGAUUCAAACAUUUGCAAGAGAAAAGGGACUAAAUGAAAUGAAGGACACGGUCCUUAAAUCAAAGCACCGUUUCCAUUCGUUUUACGUGUCACUGUUUCAGAAGCUGAAUGGGCAAUAUCUCACUGGUCGUUCAAUGGAGGCCUUUCUGGCAUUCUAUAAAGAUGAGCAAAGCAUUGUUCAAAGCCUUCUGGAGUCUCUUUCUGAUCCCAUUACAGCACGCGCAGUUUUUGAGGUGUUAGCUAAGGGAGAAUUAUUUCUUGAUAACCUUUAUUUCUUAGAGGGAUCAACCUUUCACAAAAUUUACGAUUCAGCGAUUGAGGCUGCGAAGAGGCUGGAGGCAAACGAGUGUUACGGUCAACUACUGGCUUCAAAGGCGUUCGGAGAAGCAUAUUGGGGACCGGAGAGAAGUACGACGCAGUUGCUUUGUAGAGCGAAGGAAACUGCGGAAUCCCCGGCCCUGCCAUUAGUUUCCAAGUCAGAACUACAAGGAAAACGCCUGUGUUAUUUAGGCAUCAACUACCUUGUUAACGGUAAAACUGAAGAAGGAGUUCAGUAUUUACGAGAGGGUCUUCAGUUGACGCAUAGGCGCCCAGAUUUGGCAGUCCUUAGGCUUGUUGCUCUCCAAAUUCUUAGUCAUUUUUCCCAAAUUCAAAACCAUAUGGUCGACUUGAAUCAGUCAUUGUACAGUGCAAAAAAGGAGUGCAAGGCACUAGGAGACAUGGAUCUACUUUUGAUAUCCUCAGGGAAAAGCAAAGAAAGAAAAACUGAAGUAGAAGAAAACCAAACAGACUCUAGCGUUCUUUCUAACUAUCCUCUAAGAUGGCAAGUACUUGACCUUGUAAGCAGGGCAACGAAGAACUUCGUAGAUAGUGAUACUAAGCAACGUCUUCGAAAUAUUUCGCUUAAAAUGCUGAAAGAGAUCGAAAUAGAGCAGCACGUUUCAAGCGGUCUCUUUCGUUUUAAUCGAAAUGUUAUAACCUUAUUUGAGACAAGUGGAGACACUAAAAUGCUCCUUGAAUCAAGAAUCAGUUACCAUCAAACAGCUCUCAGUCAAUGCAACGAAAAUUCCUCCGCUUACCACGUGCACAGUGAAGCUCUUGCAGCGUGUUAUAUGGAUCUUGGAAACUUUCUCUCCCGGGAAAAUCAAUAUUCUGAAGCCUCUAAAGCCCAACAGCAAGCACUAGGCUUGUCAAUCCCUCUUGAGGGAGAAGAACACGCAAGCACCGCUGAUAGUUUUCAUGGGCUUGGCGCCACUCACCAUUCACUUGGAGACUUCAAAGCAGCACUAGAUUCUAAGAAGCACGCACUUGAGAUCCGUCGUAAACUGUUCGGAGAAGAACACGCAAGCACCGCUGAUAGUUAUCAUGGGCUUGGCGCCACUCACCGCUCACUUGGAGACUUCAAAGCAGCACUAGAUUCUCUAAAGCACGCACUUGAGAUCCGUCGUAAACUGUUCGGAGAAGAACACGCAAGCACCGCUGAUAGUUAUCAUGGGCUUGGCGCCACUCAGCAUUCACUUGGAGACUUCAAAGCAGCACUAGAUUCUCUAAAGCACGCACUUGAGAUCCGUCGUAAACUGUUCGGAGAAGAACACGCAAGCACCGCUCAUAGUUAUCAUGGGCUUGGCGCCACUCAGCAUUCACUUAGAGACUUCAAAGCAGCACUAGAUUCUGAACAGCACGCACUUGAGAUCCGUCUUAAACUCUUCGGAGAAGAACACGCAAGCACCGCUGAUAGUUAUCAUUUGCUUGCAGUCACUCACCAUUCACUUGGAGACUUCAAAGCAGCAUUAGAUUCUGACCAGCACGCACUUGAGAUCCGUCUUAAACUGUUCGGAGAAGAACACGCAAGCACCGCUGAUAGUUAUCAUGGGAUUGGUGUCACUCACCAUUCACUUGGAGACUUCAAAGCAGCACUAGAUUCUGAGAAGCACGCACUUGAGAUCCGUCGUAAACUGUUCGGAGAAGAACACGCAAGCACCGCUGAUAGUUAUCGUUUUCUUGGCGUCACUCACCAUUCACUUGGAGACUUCAAAGCAGCACUAGAUUCUAAGAAGUACGCACUUCAGAUCCGUCUUAAACUGUUCGGAGAAGAACACGCAAGCACCGCUGAUAGUUAUGAUGGACUUAGCGUCACUCACCAUUCACUUGGAGACUUCAAAGCAGCACUAGAUUCUCUACAGCACGCACUUGAGAUCCGUCUUAAACUGUUUGGAGAAGAACACGCAAGCACCGCUGAUAGUUAUCAUUUGCUUGGCGUCACUCACCAUUCACUUGGCGACUUCAAAGCAGCGCUAGAUUCUGAGCAGCACGCACUUGAGAUCCGUCUUAAACUGUUUGGAGAAGAACACGCCAGCACCGCUGAUAGUUAUCAUGGGAUUGGUGUCACUCACCAUUCACUUGAAGAGUUCAAAGCAGCGCUAGAUUAUGAGCAGCACGCACUUGAGAUCCGUCUUAAACUGUUCGGAGAAGAACACGAAAGCACCGCUGAUAGUUAUCAUGGACUUGGCGUCACUCACCAUUCACUUGGCGACUUCAAAGCAGCGCUAGAUUCUAAGAAGCACGCACUUGACAUCCGUCUUAAACUGUUCGGAGAAGAACACGCAAGCACCGCUGAUAUUUAUCAUGGGCUUGGCGUCAGUUACCAUUCACUUGGAGACUUCAAAGCAGCACUAGAUUCUAAGAAGCACGCACUUGAGAUCCGUCGUAAACUGUUCGGAGAAGAACACGCAAGCACCGCUAAUAGUUAUGGGUCCCUUUUCUUUACUAAACUUUUUCUUGGUGAUUUGGAAGGAGCAUUAGAGUCAGCAAAGCUUACACCUCACGUCCGGAUUGAAGCGGGAGAAAAGCAGGCAGGUCCUGAUUAAACCGAGACAUAUGGGUUGGUUAUUUUACAUUACACGGCUCCUCUAACUUGGCGACCUCCCAAGAUUUACUGAAACUGAGAAUUGCUAACGGUCAACACCGUUGAUACCGGCUGUCACUGUGUUCGGUCUUCGGCCAGUUUCAACCCCACAUUCUUUAGUAUAUGAGUUUAUAUAUAAUGAUAAUUAGAUUGGUCUAUUUCAACGCUAAAAAGAGACAACUCACAAACUGGUCUCAGGAGCGGAUCCAGGAUUUUUAAUGGGGGAUGGCUGAUACCAAUCAGCCACCAAACCAUACGUUAAUUUCUUUUAAGUUGUCCUACGUCUGUUCCAAAACAUGGCGAUUUAAGAAGGACGAAUUGGAGACUGUAACACUGCAAACUCCUGAAACGCCACAAAAACUGAGAAGAAAUAGAAGCUAAUAGAAAUACCUUACUAACCUAGUCGGCCAGAAGUGAAGACGCUGUCAUUUGUCUAGGGUGUAGCACCACAAAUUUCUGACAAACCACACUUCUAUCGAUGGUAACUGCUUUGGCAUGCAUGGCGAUGACGGCCAAAUCUGAGAGUCGUUCGGUGGUCAUUGUGUUGCGAAGCCAAGUAUGGAUUCUCCGAAUACAGGAAAAUGAUUUCUCGGCCUCCGUGCUUUCCAUAGACAAAACGGAGAGAAUUUUUAGAAGUUCCCUGUCGUUUGGGAAGGAGAUGUGGUCUGCGUGUUGUCUAUCUGUGAGGAGACCGAGAUGGAUUCAUAAUCCGACACGCUUCCUGACGCUUCCAGCCCACACAGUUCCUGAUUUUCGAAAGAUGACGGCAAGGCAUCAGAUGGCCCCACUUCUCUUGUAUUACUUAAGCAAGUUCCGACUGCGGAUCUAGGAUAAAUACUAACGGAAUUCCUAAACGAGCGCCGACGGCCCAAGCUUAGAAGGGGGUCUGGGGGCAUGCUUCCCCAGUACAUGUUUUGGAUUUUAACUCCCUAAAGUUCCCUAUCUUGGGUUUUUUUCUUUCUUGAGUCAUUCAGAUAGGAUAUUUGCAAAAGUUCCACUUGGAUUUUUUGAUAUUUAAAAUAUAUUUACUUAUUUAUGAAAAAUCUGACCGAUUUUCGUGAAAAGUUGGAAACCGGUGUAGAUCCGCGUCUGAGUUCUACUGUGGCUUCUUGAGACGUCUUCAUUACUUGAGGAAUAAGAGCACAGAGCUAAGUCAUAAUGUACCCUCUGUUCCAAAGCAGAUUACGUCAAGGAACUGUGCAGCUGACUAUGCUGCAGUACGUAGUUUUCUCGAUUGCUUUGGGACCCACGUAUUUCUGUAUGUCUUUCCACGUAUUACAUGUUUUUUGGUGGGCUGUCCUAAAAAGGGGUGGCUAGCUACCCAAUCCAACCCCACUGGAUCCGCCCCCUGCUGUACCUAUAAAUUGUAGGCCAAAAAUAGUUGGGUAGAACAGUUUUGUCCUAUAGAACGAUUUUUAAUGCCCUCAAACCCUAAUAAGUGUGGUAAGGGUUUUCAGUCUCCUUCUAUUCAACGACUGGGAAAGCUUCUAAUGGAGCUAGGAAACUGUCCUAUUCCAGCUCGCAACUGGAAAUGCCCACGUUAACCUCUCAAAGGUAUUUUAGCUCUCCUAUUUCCAAUCAACAUAAUAGUAUUUCUGAUUUUAUUCCUUUUAGACGAGGUCUUAGAAAAGCCUAUUUGGACAUCAACAGUCUAACUAAUCACAUUGAUGAAUUGAGAAUUCUCCUUUUUGAUUAUUCUAUCCAUAUUAUCUCAAUUAAUGAAACUAAACUUGAUGACACUAUCAAAAGCAGUGAGGUCCAUAUACCAGGCUAUGAAUUUAUUCGUCGUGAUAGAAACAGACAUACAAGGCGGAGGAGUAGGCUGUUAUAUAAAAAAAACCUCGAUUAAUUUUGUAGUUUGUUCUAAUCUAAAUGUACCUAAUCUUGAAAAUUUAUGUAUUAAAAUUCGUAAACAUAACUCAAAGCCAUUUCUGAUAGCUACAUGGUAUCGACCUCUUUGCUCUUCGAUUAACUUAUUGUAUAUUACGAAUCAUUUCUUGAAAAGUUAGAUUCCCUUGGUCCUGAAUAUCAUCUUUUAAUUGAUUUAAAUUGUAACCUGGCCUCUUUACAAUAUGAUUCAAAUAUUCGUCACUUAUGUGAAAUUUCUGAUUUAUUUGGGCUUUAACAACCUAUAACUGAACCUACUCUACUAUGCUGACAGGGUAAUCUGUUCCGGAGUCUCUCAUAUUGUCAUCAGCGAUCACAGCCUUAUUUAUGUUUAUUGAAAAUUAUCUCCUGUUUUUCGCUCAAAAGGGCAUUCAACCAUUUCUUACAGAAAUUUUAAAAAUUUUAAUCGAGAGAGUUUUCGUACCGAUAUCGCUCAGCAGAACUGAACUUGUAACAGCUCUGAUAAUCCUAAUGUUUUGUGGGCUGACUGGAAAACAAAAUUUUUGGAUGUUGUUAACUUUCAUGCUCCACUCCGAACUAGACGCGCUUGAAUAAAAAAAAACACCCUGGAUCAAUUCAGAAUUAAAGAAAGGCAUGCGCGAUCGUGAUGCUACCAAAAGAAAAGCUAUGGCAUCGAAUGAUCUAGGCGACUGGGCAAAGUACAAAAAGUUGCGAAAUACAAUAAACAAUAACAUCAAGACUUCUAAAGCAUCUUAUUAUUCUAAUGCUUUUAGUCAAUCUAAAGGUAAUUUUCGAAAAACAUGGCAAACCAUUAACGAACUUACUUCCUGUCGCACCAACAAUACAACAGUGAAAGAAUUUAAGUCGAAUGGUUCCAUUAUUUCUAAUUCUAGUGAGCUUUCUAAGGCUUUUAAUGACCAUUUUUCAACAAUUGGGCCCCGCCAUGCCAAUGAAAUUCCACCAAAUGAUAAUAAUAAUGAUUUAAGUUACAAGCAGUAGUAUUGUUUUCUCACAUCUAAACAAAUUAUGUAGAUCCAAAGAUCUACAUAAUAAUACGUGAAUGUGCCGAUCUGAUUUCAGUUUCUCUAUGUGAUCUCGAAAUCUUUGCACUCUGCUGGUAUAUUUCCUGACGAUUGGAAAUGUGCUAGGGUUACUCCGUUGUUUAAGCAAGGUGAGGCAUCUGAUCUAAAUAUUUAUCGACCUAUUUCAGUCAUUUCCGUUGUAGCUAAAGUUUUCAAAAGGAUUAUUUGUGACCAAUUGUAUAAUUUUUUGAGCAAUGAAGAUAUCAUUUCUACGCAUCAAUCGGGCUUUCGCUCUUCACACUCAACUCUAACUGCUCUCCUUGAAGCUACUGAUAACUGGCCCUUUAAUAUCGAUCGUGGUAAUGUUAAUGCUGUGGUUUUUCUUGAUUUAAAAAAGGCAUUUGACACUGUUGAUCAUGAUAUCCUUUUAUCUAAAAUGAACCUUUACGGAAUACAAGGAAUUGCUCUAGGUCGUAUUUGACAAAUCGUACACAACGAUGUCUCGUUAAGGGUUCCCUUUGUAGAGUCUGUUCUCUUGAAUGCGGGGCACCUCAGGGAAAAAUUCUUGGUCCCCUUUUAUUUCUUAUUUACAUCAACGAUUUGCCAACAGCCUAACUUCAUGCCAGCCAAGGAUGUAUGCUGAUGACACACACAUCACUUGUGCAGAUUCAAUACAGUUAAUUUGAAUCACGAUUUAGGUAAUCUAAACAAAUGGCUUAUUUCCAACAAACUUACUUUGAACACUGCUCAAACUGAAUUUAUGCUAAUUGGAUCAGGACAAAAAUUGAGUACUUUGUCAAGCCAGCCCGAGCUCUCGAUUGAUAACGUUCCGAUAGAAAAAGUUACCUCUGUAAAAUCGCUUGGAAUGUUUAUUGAUGAAAAUCUACGGUGGCAAGCGCACAUCGAUAACUUAUCGAAGAAGAUCGCUUCCGGGAUAGGAGCAAUUAAAACAAUUAGAAAUUUUGUUCCGUCGCCUACUCUCCAUUGUAUAUACAACGCUCUGAUUCAAUCUCAAUUCGAUUAUUGUAAUAUUGUCUGGGGUAAUUGUGGAAAAACUUUGUUUGACGGACUACAGAAGCCUCAGAACCGUGCUGCUCGUGUUCUAACCUUUUCUAGAUAUGAUGCUGAUGCCAACCGCUUAUUUAGACAACUUAAUUGGAAAGACUUGAGCACUCAGUUUCAAUACAAAAAGCUCUAAUGGUUUACAAGUCUUUUGUUCGAGGAUAUUUAUCCUCUAAGGGCCUGUUUACAUGGAGGUGGGGGACCCCAGGUAGGUGAGGUAACCUGCUUAGGUGGGGUAAAAAAUAACCCUCCUUUACAUGCAAUCUUACAACUCCGCCAUCCCGGGGUGCACUUUCUCAAGAUUAUUGAAUGGUCGCUAAGCACGUAAACAAGAAAAAUGCUGGCAAACCACGAGUUUUGGCGAUUAAUGCACUUCUACACUCCCUUGUUGCUCUUGCUGCAACCUUCAGUGCAAUGGCUUUCUAUUGUUAACUUAAAUGAUGAUGCAAAGCCACAUGCAAAAUGAAUUUUGCGCGAAUUUGAUGUAUUACGAAUCCGACCCCGGUUAGGCGGGUUACCUCACCUUGAAACGUUUACAUGGCAAAAUUUGACCCCGGCUCUGAGUUUUAACCCGGUCUGGUAGGCCGGGCUACCCGCCUUGGCGGGUCACCCCACCUAUCAGCAUGUAAACGUGAUCAAAUUAAAAUGAGAGAUUAUAUGGACAGGCUGGCUACCCCACCUAAGCGAGUUACCUCACCUACCUGGGGUCCUCCACCUCCACGUAAACAGGCCCAAAAUUUGUUAAACGGCGAUAUGAAACGCGCUACUCCCUAAGGGACUCUGUUAACAAACUAAUUGUCCCGUUCCCGCGAACUAACUUCAUGAAGAACAGCUUCAGUUAUAGCGGAGCAGUUCUCUGUAACAGCCUGCUCUGUGAUAUGAGCGAGGCUAAAUCUUUAAGUCAAUUUAAACGAUUGGCUCAUCUCAUCUGAAUUUCUGAUUUUUAAAGUACUGUACAGGGUAUUCAUGAGGUCUUAGUUAGGUUACCUGUAGAAAGAUCAUGAAAAAUUCGACUGGGGGUCCAAUUAAUUAUUACCUAGGAAAUGUACUUUAAGCACGAAACUCACCGAAACUUUCAGUUUAAAUUCCCUUAAAGAAGAAUUGUGACCAAUGUAUUUUUAUUUAAGAUUCAAGCUGCAGAUAUCGAUCUCUGUUGCUUUAAUCAAGAAACCCGUGCAAAGAAGCGCUUAUUCACUUUUUUCGGGAUUGUCCCGUGUCAAGAGCUUUUUGGAAUAAUGUCAAAGUUUUCUUGGUUUCAGUUGAUUUGGUUUGAUUUUGUUUUGAUCCAGGUAAAGAAGGAGAUGUUUUAUUUAGUCAUUGUCUACUCUUGGCUAGGUUUUAUAUUUUUGGUUGCAAAUACAAAAGUUCAAAACCAUCUGUUGUAGAAUUAUAUAUUUAUCAAGUUAAAGACAACUUUAUAAUUGAAAAACAAAUUUCAAUCAUUAAAGAAACGGAGAAAAUCAGGAGAAAAAUUAUUCAGAAAAGGCGUUUAUUUGAGUGAACUCUCCUUUUUCCCCUGCUUUUUAAUAAAAUCCAAUAUGAACAGAUUCCAAAAGACAAAAGAAAAAAUUUAUUCUAGUACGCAAUAUCCGGUCUAGCAACCUUUAUACUAUCAAUAUGUUAAUUAGUUUGUUUCUUUUGUGUAUUUCUUCUGUAUUUUAAGUAUCUAUGUUUAUGUAAUGUGUGUAAAAAGUGAAGCCAAAGCUAAGGCCGUGUACUAUAUGUAAAAACAAACUAAAAAGAGGCAAGUGGCAUGUUGUUAUCCGCUUAAGCAAUUUCACACCUUCCUGGAUUUCACUCUAGACCCGCCUUCUGCAAGGAUUCCCGCCAUCUUGGAACGCUUUGGUCUUCGCCGCUUGGUGCAUUACAAAUUCCGCAGGUCUUUCUUAGAAGAAUAUGCUACAAAAGUGCUUAAGCGAUCCACUUCUCCCAUCCAGGGAUAAAAUUGGCAGCAAAUGUCAACAAAUCCCGCUGUAUGCCCGCGCAUGCCCCAGAGGUCGACACCCAGUGAUGGUCGCUGAUACGUGCAUUAUUGUAGGUUCGUUGUUUGAAACAACAUUCAAAAUUCCUGCUAGCUGAACCUCCCAGGAUUCAGAAAAUGACUUAUUACUGGAGCUGAUCCAAGAACGAUCCAGCAUUGAUAGCCGCUCACGGGAGCUACAACCUCGGACAAAACUGUUGAGACAGUUUCACCAGUUUCCAAACAUUUGUGCAUUACUACUGUUCCCUUUAAACAGAACGGAACGAAAAGGCCUCCUCCCCACCCCCUAUUCAAUGUUGUUUUUGGUCCAAAAAAGACCGACGUGUAUAAUUCUCGUUUUACUCUUAAUAGCAUUGAAUAAGAAAUGGGGGGAAACGGGUCAUUCAUUUGCCGACGAUUUCCAUGUGCCAGGAAGACUGAAAAAGAAGGUAGUUUUGUGAUGUGUCUAAAUUACGUUUUAUCUUCGAGGUUGUGGCACCGCUCUCAUUGAAAUUAAUGUCUCGCAAGAACAGACCAAAUUAAAAAAAUAAUAUCGCAUAUUAGAAGCCAUAAAACAAAACAUAGUAACUAUGUUGGUAAGCCGCUAAGGUUCACCAUGGUCUCAUGCAUAUUGCGUAAUCCUCAAAUGGCCGUGAACAAAAAGGAUUUGUGUGGGAAUUCAGGUCAUAGAUUCAAUAAUUAUUACUGGAAUUUUCAAUUAAAAAACACUUCAGCUUAUUUAAUUGGUGUAUUCUUGCUUGCUGUGUGGUUAGAUCCCCAUCCGCUGCGAUUUAAGUGAUUUUCUUUACCCCCGACUUUCCACGAAUAACAUAAGAAACUCUUAGUGGAAACUCGAGAUUAAUGGAAAUCGCUUUAAAAUCGCAGCGGAUCGGGAAAAUAACCACACAGCAAGUAAGAACAAACCAAGUAAAUAAGGUAAAGUGCUUUUUAUUGAAAAUCCCAGCAACUAUUUUCCUUUUGGAGUCUAUGACCUGAAUUCCCAAACAAAUCCUUUAUGUUCACGGCCAUUUGGGGAUUACGCAAUAUCAUACCACUUUUUAAUGAUUUUAAAAACUCUUAUACUGAGAUUGGGCUGCCUGUGGUGCUCCGAGCCUUUAACAACCGAUUUUGAGAAAAAAAAAGACAGGGAUAAAGCAGAUAGAAAACAUUUGGAGUAGAGCCAGGCAACAAUAUGUUUGUGUUUUAAACAAGCUUGGACGGUCACAAUGGCUGGAUACUGGGGCAAGAUGGAGCGAAUCGUUUGCUCCUAUCAGCCUCUGCCAGGCUCUCAGAUAGCAUGGUGGGGACGUAUUAUUAAAAACGAGCAAAGCGAAAAUAAGACGCGCGCGACUUGGGAAAGGGCGCAGUGGCGGCGGGAAAAAAGGCUGAUUUAGCAACAGGGCGGGAACGUCAGUUGACUACGGGAAAGCGCGCAGAAAGGAAACUUCCGGUGCUCAAUUUACCGCUCUGCCAUUGGUCAAGCCAGUCGUUUCUCUGGACGAAAACGUGGAUUUGCUUCAAAUUUGCUAAGCGCAAAUAUGAUGCAAAUUUGUGCAAACUGGGUACCACCUUUGCUCAGAUCUAUUCCCCAGUUUGCAAAAAUUUGAAUCAUGGUUGCGCUGAGCAAUUUUGAAGCAAAUCCAUUUUUUCGUCCAGUGUUUGUUUUGCGCGCGCCGUCGAAAACUGACGUUCCCGUUCUGUUGCUAAAUCAGCCCACUGUCUCUCCCCAGCCCGCGCGCGUUUUCCGCAUUUCUUUUUACUGAACGACUUUUCACCACCAUCUUGGAGCCUGGAACAGGCUAGCUCCUAUUGGCUACCCAAGCGGUCAUGAUACUUUCCUGUGAUACUUUUUAUUACGCUGUAAGGUUAAAAAUUUCUAGAUGACCGUUCCAUGCGUUGGUUCAUAUAAAAAAUCUUUAAGAAUUCAACCAGUAGUAGGUCCAUGGCUUGGUAUUGGCCAAGUUUCUUUGUUUUUUUGUAUUUAUAAAUUGGCCAAGUUUCUUUGUUUUUUUGUAUUUAUAAACCGAGACGAGUUCAAGGUCAAUAAGAACUAAAAAAAAACUUGAAAGAACGACAAAUUGUUAUCGUAAUGUAACUAAAAUUGCAAGGAAUAAACGUGAUAACGAAAAAAGGCGAUCAGAGAAGACACUUGCCUGAUCCUUUUGUUGAAAAAUCUGCUAGUCCUUCCUAAAAUCGUGUCCACCUCGCUAGCCAUACAAUAAACCAGACCUCAUAACAACAUUAGGAGCUAUCCUCUUCAACUAAGAAAUUAGUGCCGAAAUAGAGGCAUGUAGGAGUCGUUACCAUCUUUUGAAGGUCAAUCUGUUAACUUUUAUUCAAAAAAUUUAAAUAUUUAUGUAUAUGAUCAAAUAAUACAGGCAUGUCUCAUAGACUCAGGGAUACAGAAUAGAUUAUUAAGGGUCUGUUUGCAUGGAGGUGGGGGACCCCAGAUAGGUGAAGUAACAUGUGGUAGGUCACCCCACGUAUCAUGUAAACGUGAUCAAAUUAAAAUGGGAGAUUAUAUGGUCAGGUGGAUUACCCCACCUUAAGCGGGUUACCUCACCUACGGGGUGUCCCCCACCUUCAUGUAAACAGGCCCUAAAUCACUGAGAAAAUAUAUGAAAGAAAAAAAAAUCAUGCAUGACAGGAGCUCCUGUGCAUGAUAAUGCAUAACCGGCACGACUGACUCGCCCGAAUGACCACGUGGCGAAAUGACGGUCCCGUCUCCAUGUCCUAUGCAGUUGAUUGACACUUGCAAUAAAUAAACUGCGUUUGUGUUGUUCGUUCUUUUUAUCACUGUUGGAAACCUGCAAUCAGGUUGUUCCCUUUUUCUUUGGGGGACAAGGGGAGAAAAGAGGGGCUCCUUUUUUCUUCUUUGCCCGAACAGCUAUAAUUUAUGGUUAGCGAAAUGGUGCAGACGGUAUCCCUUUCACAUACCUUCUAUUGAAGAAUGAUACCCCUUUCACCACAUACCUCGUUUAGAACUUGAAAUUACAAAGGCUUCAUUAUUACCACUUUCCCAAAAAUUUUAGAUGCAGUUUACUGUAUUACGAAAGUGAGAAGUUUACUGAUUCCUCUCUCCAUCACAUUUUUGAAUCCGAAAUCUUAGGUUUCCUUUUUUCUACGAAAAAUAAGAGUGAAAUGUGAAAAAUUAGAGUUUAGAAAAUCGUAGGGAAUUUAUUACAUGAACUUCGAAAAUUGUACAUGAAGGAAACGGUCAUCUAGAAAUAAAUACCCGUCCUCAAGUAAUAGAUAGGUCUAGGCCACAUCUGCUUCUCCGAUGAGAUAUUUUACAGAAAAGAUCAGAGUCUUUGGGUGCCCCUGUACUGUGGAAACCGAGACCGGUGUUCACCUACCGAACAACGCAUCCAACAAUCCAGCAGAUAACUCGCCGACCAGCAUCCCAUAAGGAAGUACGACUACACUCAGAAUGCCAAUGACUUCAAGCGUUGACUCACGAGCUCCCACUCCGGCAGAAACCGAUAAGAGGCCGAACGAAAUCUUGCUCGGGUCGCGAAAUCCGAGCACCGGAAAGACUUAAUCUUUGACUACUAUUUUUUUUGACAGCAAUCCCCGUUUUCAGUGACUUUACUCGUUUCCUUUGCUUUCAGAAGUUGAAUAGUCCUAUGAAAACGACUUUAUUUUUCUAAGGUUUGAAGGACUGAUUUUUUUUCUUUAUAAGGCAUGUUUAUUAGUGUUUAAAAGCAUGUUAUAUAAGCCCGUGCAGUAUUGUGCAGCACUGCAUUUUUUCUUCUAAACCUAAUCAGCAUGUAUUGUAUAAUAGCAUUGUUUGUAUGCCCAUGGGCUAAGUGUUUAUUAGCAUAUACUCUAGAUACAUACUCGAGUAGGACAUAAUAUGUAUUCAUUCGGAGUGUACACUUCAAGUACACAAGUCGCGUCGAAAACUCACCAUUAAAUGCAUUAAAGCAUUACAGUGAUCAUCUAAAUAUCCGUGUCCGGAGCUAAACUCUUUGCUGUACGUAUCACACUCUACCGAGCUUUUACAUAUGUGUUUGUCUUGUCAACACUUUGACUUCAACAGCGAUUGGUUCUCCGAUAAUCUGCACUUGAGCUCCAGCUGAUAUUUGCUAACAAUGGCAAAGGAAUUUAACCACUCGAUUCUACAGACGUUUGUGGGGCAGGAACGCGUGACGAAACCCAAAAACGUCUGCGUGGGAGGCUACGUUGUAGGUGAUAACGAAGGGAACGCGCUCUGGUUUGUCCACUGUGGCAGUGUGUGCUUUUUAUCUAUCCCCCGACAACAAGGACAAUUUAGCGGGAUCAUCUCAUUGAAAUUGUGAUCUUAAUUUCCAUCUAAUAUCUUACAGGUAGGUAAUAAUUGUAAGUAAAAUACAUAUGAAUAUUCGCUGACCAAGAACCGUAACAAUCAGCUGAAAGUAGUUGCAUUAAUCUGCUCUCGGUCUGCUAAAUGGGCAGCGAAGGCUUAAUGCCAUCGAAGACUGACAUUGAAUGCUAGGCAUCAUCAUAGAAAGCAACUCAGUCAGCCGCUAUUGAAAUGAUGAACAGCUCAUGAAUCGAAGAAGAAGCAAAAUAAUCCUUUGAAUACAGACAAAGGCAUUUAUUUUAAGUCCUCUUCAGAGGGGUUUCACACUGCGAAGUCAUAGUCGACGUGUAAAGCAGCCAGGUUAGCGACUUUCAGCUUUACUUUGUAAUAAGUUUGAGAAAAGAGACAUAUCUAUUUCUCGAUAACUAGGAUAGAUGAGUGAAUCUAAAAUAAAUAACUGGUAUGUCCUUUUCAAAAGUUACCCUGAUCAAGUAAACCAUCUUUCUAUAAACCGAGUUGAAGGGCAAGCCCGGAGAGAAGUAGCCUGCGGUGACCUCAGACGCUUUUUUCGGUUCUUGUUUCACCCGCUAUUUUUUCGGCGGGUGAAAAAACUAGCAAAUCAGUAAUGGUUGGAACAUGCGACAGGCUUCGUAAAAAAAUUGUUGAUGUCUCAUGCGAAACAGUUAUAUUUUUGGCACUUGAUAUAAGCAAAAACUAACCAAGUUUUAGCCAGGUUGUGGCUCCAUGACCUUCAUAUUUGUGUUGACUAUAUAAAUAUACUCGACGCAAUUUAACAUAUGUUUUGGACCUAUUAAAAAAAUUCAGUGUUUUUGCUUUUGGAAAAAGGGAAAGAGGCUAGGAGAAUAAAUACGGCAUGAAACGUCAACGAUUUCCAAGGAGAAAAUGAUGAGCCUUGAACAUUGAAUUAAUGGAAAACCUGUUGUUUGAACGGACGCUUUAAUUCUCUGAGAGGGUGCCUAUAGUUAGGAUUUCGAGUUAGGAAUGGUGUAACUAAUUGGAAGUUGUUACUUGGUAUGGGCGAUUUUAGAUUAUUCGUUACCGGUUACCGAUUCCCUACAGGAAACCCAUUAUGCAUUUGUGCACCCUGAAACCAAGAAAUAGCUAAGAAAUAGCAACCAUAGACAUGUGAAGCAACACUUCUUUCAUCAGUUUUGGUAAGUGAGCGUGUUUACAUCCAACUUCUAAUUAAGACGUCACCUAAAGAGGACUUUCGAGGACUCUACGUAUUUUCACUGCUGUUUUGCUGUUUAGUGCAAAAAUUGAAGACUGCGUCGUCUUUGCCUGUUUUAGUCUUUAUAUCGAUAAAACAUGAGUCCAUGACGAUAGAGCUUGCUCUAAUACGGACGACGACACUUUGGUAUCAUCCUGCUGGUGUCCGUAUUAUUCCAAUGUACUCUUGAAUAACAUACCGCUAUAUAUACUUAGAUCAAUGGUCCACCAAGAAUAUGAACAGUCGACUGUUUUUAUUUGUUCAGGACCUCGUAGCUGUGGAAUUUUCAAGUUCCUGUAGGCUGGCGUAGAAGCAAAAGCAGUAAUCGAGCAUAAUUCAUUCUUUCCUCGACAAAAACGAAAAUCUAGAGACCGUGGGAUCAGCUCAUUGAUAUCGUGCUUUGAAUUUUCAUCAAAUGUCUUUAAGGUAGGUCAUACCAGUUUUAAGAUUUUAGUCACAAGCUUCCCAAACUCACCAUGUGAGAACGUUUGUUAAAAAUAUUUACACAUGUCAUACGUAGUAAUAUUGCAUGACGUAAGGAUUUAUAGGGUUCAUAUAGGAAACGUGAAAAACAGGGGCCCGCAAAUACCGAAUGUUUCCAAAUAUAUCAGAAGUGUUUCGAAUAGUUUUCUGUAUGCAUGCUUUAGAAGCCUGUUUGGUUAACUUGAUGCCUUAAAAACUAUUAAUUUUCUCCGAUGUCUUAGGGGAAGUUAAGUCGACUUUAAAGUUUUACAUCGGGCAGAUCAUCCGGACAUUUAAGGUUCGUUCACAGACCUUAACGCACGAAAAUUUUAAUCACAUAAAUAAAAUAGAGGCAAGAUAUAAAGUGUUGAGAAUAAACGUGAAGUUGAGCGAGGUUCUACUUUUACGCUUACGUGCGACCUUUCACACAUUGCCUCUAUUUUAUUUGCGAACGUAAAUUUUACGCACGUACGCACGUAAAAAUUACCCAACAGUGGAAAUCAAGCCUUACGCAUGAUAAUGAGCUUCAGUGGCGGGCCACUCAAGCAUGAACGCUCCUCAAAAGCGCCACAGCAAGAGAGGGCGUCGAUAAAAUCCGGAACACGGAACAUUCCGGAACAUUCCGGAGCAUACCGGAACAUGAAAAAAUAAAAAUAAUUUUCAUGAAAAAAAAAAAUGAAUAAAAAAAUGAUAAUAAUGAAAUAAUUUUUGUAAAAACGAAAAAACAAACAAACAAAGAAAAAGAAACUGGUAUCAUCUCCCCCUCCGACGACUUCCUCGGCCUGUUUCAGACUCCAGACAUGACACUCAACGUGCUCCGCGAUUAACUUAUUUUGCCGGGUAAAACAGGUAAAACAAAAUACUGGUAAAGCAAAACAAACAAACAAACAAAGACAGGCUCCUUUUCUUUCUAUUCACCUUUGACCUGGACACCGUAACAAGGAAAAAAUGAUACUGUAAUAUUCAGUGAAUUUAGCUAAGAAUUAGUAUAGUGUUUACAAUAACUUGACAAGUCGCAUAAGCAAACCUUCAAGUGUCUUCGAUAAAUUGGGCUUGGGCUCGAAAUAUAGGGAUCGAGGGGACAGCGUUUCAGCACAUACCUUAUAGGAAAUUAACGUUCCAUGAAAUAAACGCGAAUCGUUAAAAUUCGCGUUAAUUUAAGUCACAUUAAUUUUGUUGAGCGUUAAUUUCCGCGACGUUAAUUAAGUGCAGCGUUAAUUUCCGCGCUCUUAAUUUCCAGUAUUUUAACCCCCAAUUUUGGAACCUGUCCAGACAUUCUUUAGACCUAAAAAACAUUAACUACAAGCUUUCUUUCUUUCCAUUUACCUUUUAUUUUUCAUCUUUCACAAAAGCUAAGGCAAAGGUUUACAAUAUUUCGAAUUCAUCUUCAUCUUUGUCGCUGUCAGAAGUGAUGUCAGCUCAGUUUUGUUCAGUUUUGAAUUUUGUUUACAUCCAGUGUUGAAAUAAAUUUGUUCCAGUUGUCACCACCAACUGUGUCUUAAUCGCGUUAAUUUCCUUUAUUAUGAAAUUCUACCUCCUCUUUCGCGUUAAUUUUCUUUAUUCGAGAGUCGUUUUCCAUUAAAUUCGCGUUAAUUUAAGUCGCGUUAAUUUCCAAUACCUUAAUUUCAUGGAGCGUUCAUUUCCUAUAAUAUGGUAGCCUGGCCUUUGGUCGAGCGGCAUUCAGACCAUCGGCUUGAACCGCCCCCCCCCCCCUCGCAUCACCUCACGACCCAUUUUGAUAUAUUUUGAAUUUAGAGGCAAGCCUUCACUUACUGUCAUUUGCAUGGACCCUCACUCGCCCAACAAAUUAAUUGUGACAAAAUGUUGUUCUCAUACUCGGUGAUGAUACCAGUUUCUUUUUCUUUCUCUCUUUCUUUUUCGUUUUUAUGUUAUGUUAUGAUAUGUUAUGUUAUUUACUUUGUUACUAUAAAGUAGUUAACAAAAAUUAUUUUAUUAUUAUUUUAUUUCAUUUUUUUCAUGGAAAUUACUUUAAUUUUUUUAUGUUCCGGGAUGUUUCAGAAUGUUCCAUAUGCCGGCUCAGUUAUCGACGCCCUAGAGGAAAGGGAGGAUUUGGGCGAAGGUACCUCACGAAAAUCGCCAUUUUAAAAUACCUAUAGUCUACUUUUCUUAUAUCAAAGAGCGGCUUUUUGUAGUUAAAGGAGGGCUAAUAUUCAGUUCUGCGAAAAAACCAGGAAAAUCCAACAAAAAUAAAUUGAUGUAGACUUUUUGCUUCCCAAACUUUGAUUUUUCGGUGUUUCAGUAUGGGGUAAGAACAAUGGUUACCGUCCUUUGUGUUGGGUCCCGUCGAAAGAUCGAGGACACAGAGUAGCCGUACUUCUCUGGGAUAUUUCGUCUUUAUACAGAAAUUUUCAGGAGACGUUUUAAAAUAGAAUGAUCGAGAUAUCUUGGUAAUACAAUGUGAAAAACUCAACCGAAAAUCGUUGGCAUUGUACCUUAGACGAGACUAGAAUUCGUGUGGACGUAGCCUCGCACGCAGACGUUCUUAGAGCGGGUUCGUCACGCGUUCCUGGGUUGCGUGACGAGCCAAAAGAGCGUCUGCGUGGGAGGCUAGUGUGAACGGGGUCUUAUUUUCCUUUGUUUUUGAGUGCGUUUACGUGUAAUGAUGAGUUUCAAACUAAGAAAAGUAAAAUUUGAACUAAAGGUAAAACCGAACCUGCACAACAUCUACUCAAAGACAUCUGACAUCUCUGACAUCUACCUAUAUAAAGUGCUGGCUAAUCAGGUAAGGGUGAUACUAUUUUAAUAGGCCAUUUUCGAGUUCCCCCGGGCCUCUGUUUGAAAACGAGGUUAGGUGCUCAGCCUUUGAUAUGGAAAUCAUUUUUCAUUCCCAUGCAAAUAAAACUCAUUUUCACAAGUAGGGUUGUGCACAUAGCCUCAUUUUGAAAGUGAGGGUUUUUGGAACUCGGAAGUGGCUUAUUUAAUAAUUUCAUUAACUAUUUUGAAUCAAACCUUUCCUGGACAAACUCGUGACAAUGUAUGUACCCUUUAUACGCCAGAUCCAUAUAUUUUGACUUCUCAAGUCUAAAUUGAGCAAAAUGUCGAACCUGGCCGCCAUGGACUUUGGCAGCAACUCACAAGAAGAAGAUAUCUCAGAUGGGGCAAACAGGGGAACUAAGAGGGAACACUGCAACGCCAGUAGAGACCCGCCCCAGCUUAGUGUUAAACUUCCCCGCAUGAGUGAUAUCCAAUUACCAACAAAGCAUCGGAAUCAUGCACGCCUUCCUGUCGAUAUUUUGUUACUGACUGUAAAGGACUGUGAGUUCUUAGCUUGUUAUACGCACCUGAACAAUCCAUUCAGAUGUUGGUUCGAUGGUCUCGGUUUUGUUUACUUCGAGGACGAGAAAGAAGGCCAAGAGGAGAAAGUAAAAGUUGCUUUGUUGCGAUGCCAUGAAGGUUCUAGUGGUCCUUGCGGCUCCAUGGUAACUACAAAAAAUGCUGUCUCAGUGCUUAUGCCCAAAGCAGUUAUUUUAGUGGGAACGUGCGGUAGCCUCCGUCCUGAGGAAACCAAAUUGGGUGAUGUUGUGAUUUCUGCAAAGUUGACAACAUAUGGAUUGAAAGUUGUGACAAAUGAUAAAGAGCUGCACAAUAACAUAAGAACGUUUGCUAGCAAACGAUUUCUUGACCUCAUUAAGGAUUCAGCUCUUGGCUGGGAGGCUCCUUUGGAGAACUCGGAAGAUCGAGAAGUCAAAAUUCACAGCAAGGGUGAGCUGUUGAGCGUUCCAGAAGUAAUCAACACAGAAUCGCGGCGUAAACAUCUGGCUGAAACCUUUCCUCUGGCAGUGGCCGUUGACACCGAAGCCGAAGGUAAUGAAAGGUUUAAAAACGAGUGCGAGAUUUAACGAGCGCGCAAUCAAACUUGAUUGAAAUGCCGGUACGAUCGUCGCUUCAUUAAUGCCGAUCAUAGUGACUUCGAUUUUGUCAAAAACACCCAGUCAGAGGCUCACCUUUUCGAUAAUCUGUUCAACCUUCAAGGUUUUUAAGAAUUCACAGGUUUUUUUGAGAACUCACCUUUCAAUUUGAUAUCCUGUCAUUCAUUUAAUUUCUUAAUUACACUUUGAGGUUUUUAAAAUUUACAGGUUGUGAGGACGCAUCUUUUAAUUUGUUAUCCUGCCAUUCAUUUCAUUUCUUACCUAUACUCAAUGGUCCCAUUUAUAAGUGGUGCCGCUGCUUCUGUUGCAGGACUUUACACAGCUGCAUUUGACCUCCAAGUUGAGUGGCUUGUUGUAAAGGGAAUUUCUAGUUAUGCAGAUGGAAGAGACAGCAGAAAUGAAAAAUGGAGCGAAUUUGCAAGUGCUAAUGCCGCUUCUCUAGUUGCCAAGAUUUUAAAUGAUGAUGUUGUCUUCAAAAGAUGGCCUCAUUAUCAAGGAAACGACGAUAAUCUUAUCAAAGGUAGGUUUGUUUAGUACACACUAUAUAUAAUAUAGUGUCCACUUUUAUAUUGUGCCGUUGUUACUGACGUAACGAUAUCUUGGAAAGCCCAAGGAGAUACUAAGGGUAAUUUUCUCCCAUGUCGCUUAGAAUAAAAACGACUUAUAUGGAAAAGCAAGGAAGGAAUAAGAGAAUGCUUAAGCCUUUAAAUAACCACUUAAUCAGAAAUCUUUGCGUAUCCGCGGGUAAAAGUAGUAUAGUGAUUUUGCCUGAUCAUGUCCCUAUUAAUUCUCGUGUCCGGUCAGUGUUAAAAAGAAUUUUUAUUACAAAGAAAAAUUUGGCGUUGAUCACUCUCCACACGAAUCUGACAGCCAUGAAACCGCAUUUUUUUUUACCUGGAUUCAUGACUGUGGACGUGGUCUUAACAAGGGUCUCAAUGGGGGGAUAACUUUGACGGUUGACGGUUAAUUUUUUCCAAAUUUUUCACUUAUAAAAUCUCAAAAUAUAUUUUCAGAUACAAGUAGGUUGUAAGGUCCUGUAAUGCCAAGAAAGAGUGUUUUUGAGAAUAUGGGAACUGGUUUUUCCAGUUUGGAGAUUCUUCGGGAGCCAGAAUCCCAUACUGAGAUCAGCUGAAAUAGUGAGAAUUGCGAUUACUAUAGUGUUAUUGCAAAGUGCGACAGCUUAUUUCAUUACAAAGUGCGAUGGUCUGUUAUUGCAAAGUGCGACAAUUUUAUUAAAAAUUGCGUUAGGUAUUACAAAGUGCGACAGGAGACUCCAUGAAUGGAUUAUUAACUUACUUGUCUCGUACAUAUAUUAUAGUCGCAGCCUUUACGCGCUAUAGUUUUUAACACACAAACUUUAUUCUCGAACUUCUACAACUGGUGCAGGGAAACAAGUGAACCGAUGUGAAGUAUAACGAAGUAUAGCGAAGUACAGCGAAGUAUAGCGAAGUACAGCGGUACUGAAAAAUAACAAUUAAACAAAUACAAAGUCAAGAUAAAACAACCUACAAACUGAACGAAAGCAAAAAGGCAAUCUAGAAAUGCGAAUGAAACAAACGAGAUACUUACAAGACGAUAGCGAGAUAAGGACGAAAAACUAGGACGAGCAAAAACCCAAACAUUAAACUGUAAACCGGACCAAGCGCAGCUAAACGAAGAACUGACGCGAAAAAUUACAAUAAAGGCUAAAUAUGCGAUAUGAAGAAAAAUCCUAACACGAAGGACAAAGCUACGCGGACAAUGAGAAACUAAUGAACCAAGCAACAGCACUAAGGGCGCGAACACGAAAAUAACUAAGAACGCGGCGAACAUAAAAAUACUAUAAAGGUAACGGAGAACAUUCCUGGCGCUUACAUAUAUGCUUCAUAUAUUCAACGGCCUUCUUCAGUGUACAAAAAUAGUAAUUCCUCACCAGUCCUUUUACUGAUUUUCAUCGCCUUAGUCUUCUUAACAUUGAUCUCCAAUAUCUCCUUGCUUUAGUCGGGUCCCUCCUGUAACUAAUUAUAUGCCGCUUUUACUUUGAUGACUUUAAGAGGCCAGGGAACAGGUCAUCACUGGGAAGAAACUUAUAACAAAGAGUGGCAUUUCUUCGCGAUAAGCGAACUUCAUGGCUAAAAUGUUUCAAAGCCCCAUCAAGGCUUAAUCAGGCACUAGCAUUCCCCACGAAACUUCCGUUUUUAUUCAACGAGGUAACAUUUCAUUUACUUUUUCAGAAUGAUAUUUCCCAAAAAACCGUGAGAUUGGGAGUCUUGUCGUGAGGCCGUGAGAAAAGUUGAAAAAUCUUGAGACCCACGACAGAAUCGUAAGAGUUCGCAGGUCUGCGUCUCCGCGCGGCCAUGUAAUAUCCUCUAUUUCGCUAUCGAUUUCACUCAAUUGGACUACUUUUGGAACACAUAAGAAGUGAACUAGAAAUGCCAAGCGAUCGGCUAAAAAAAAGAUAGAAAGUAAGUAAGCGGAAAUUUCACAUUUUAGACCUUUAUAACUUUUUAGUGAAUGGACAUAUGUUAAUUUUUUUUCAGUCUCGAGUUUCUUUCUUUUCCUUUGGAAAAGGUCUUACCGAUUAGUAAAAUCCAACUAGUGGUCUAUUAUCAAUGCUGCGUUCUGAUUGGAUGAGCUACUACUAGGCUAUAUGUUAUAGCCCACUAGUAGCGAAAAGCGCCGCCUUUGAAAACCAAAACAAUCGGCGGUUGAAUUGCGUUUUGCUAGCUAAAGUUGUUUUUUCUCGAUAUUUUUGACCAACUAGUUGGAUUUUACUAAAACAAUUAUUCCUCUCGCCCUCAUGGCCUCUUAGUCAAUAGCCCAUUCGGUCUUCGGCCUCAUGGGCUAUUGAGUCAGAGCCAAAAGAGGAAAAAGGGGACAGAGAAGGCAUCCCCCAUACACACCCUAUUCCAUAGGUAAUUCGUCUCGAGUUAGUUUUAGAAUCGGGAUCAAGUUACCUCGCGUGCUGCGUGGUUGUUCCGUGGAGGUUUCGCAUGACUUAAACGCCGUGCAAAACAUGUCGGGCGAAAGGCAAUGAAAACGUAAAGAGAUGGAGAGUAUUCCUGAAUAUUGACACGAAAUGAGUUGGCGCUCACCUGGGAAAAGGGAAUCGCUGGACUCUUUGACAACCCGUGAAAUCAGUUUAACUUGAAGUUGUCGUAACCUCAGUGCUUUAAAAAUGAGAAAUUUCGCCGGUCUAUUGAAACCGGUCGUUUGUACAGUAAAGCAAGUAGGACGCCAAGUGUUAUUUUUGUUGAAUAAUGAAAAACUAAUAAAAGAAUAAAUAUCAAACCAGAAAUUACUCUCUUCAAACUGUAAAUUAUAAAUGAUCGUGAGAGAAUAUUCAGUGUGUUAAGGAUUCCCUGCUGUACAGUUAGCUCUAUACAAGAAACGAAGGGCGAUUCUUUUUUAAUUUCCGUUUCGCUGACACAGCUUUAGCAGAAAUCUCUCUCAUGCCGUUUUCGUGGAAAAAACAAAUAGCAAUAUCGCUCUCCGCGUCUUCCGCCAUUUUGUUCUGCGUCAAUUCGUGAAGGGCGAGUGGCGCAACACAUUCGCGCUAUGUGAUUGGUUGUUGUCUAAUCCCCCUUGAGAUCUGUCGUGUUAAAAAUAACUCGAGACGAAUUACCUAUGGAAUAGGGUGUGUAUGGGGGUGCCUUCUCUGUCCCCUUUAUCCUCUCUUGGUCAGAGCCCAUUCGGGAGGGUGUCAAUGGGAUUAACCGAUAGGCGUAAAACGGCCAAAAGUUUAGUCGAUAGCCGUAAAAAUUGAAAAAUUUUAACCGUUAGCCGUAAAUAGGGUAAAAAGGAGUUAACCGUAAAAGAAAUUGUUCCCUAUACUUGUUAACUUUAAGGAAGGUGCUAAACUCGCCUACGGUUGCGUUUUUUAUUUCCCGGAUAAUUUGACUCCGUACGCACGUUAGACCAAGCGCCUUUUAGGUGGUGACAUAGACCUAGGCUCCAUUUCCACCGCUCUCUCGGGGAACUAAUUUUUUGCAAAGCGGAAAUCUGGCUUCUUGCUGGGGAUUAAUAGUUGCGAUUUUCAGGAGAUCGUGCCCUCGAAAUGCUAGUGAAACAACACGCUGAGAUGUCACUGUUUGUAAAUCACAUUGCCGACAAACAACAAUUACCUGUUUUUCUCUGACGCUACGGUAGACAUUGCCAUGCCUAGUCCCUGUACGGCGUCUUACUAUGCCUUCUCGGUCAAGGCAUUUCGGUGGCGUAUCCACGUGACCCGAAAAGCAUUAGCCGGGCAGAAUAAUGAGGCCUACGCAAAAGGAAACGGCAGACAGUCGUUCCGUACCUUCCUUCGCUAUCAUUAAAAAUACUAGCCACGGGAUCGCAUUUUAUUGUUGGCCGUUUUCACACUAGAGCUAGAAAUGGAUUAUCCGCGUGCCGACUAGCCUGUGUACAAUCGCCCCCUCCCCCACAGCCACCAAUUCGCCGAUUUUUUUCCGAGUGGAGGGGGCGGCUGUACACAGGCUAUCGGAAACGGAUAAUCCAUCUUCAAACUGUCCCUAAAAAUUGACGGAUAAACAGACGGAUAGAGUCAGACGGAUUGUUCCCGAUCAUUCAAAAUUAAAACCAUUCCAUUUUCAAAUUAAGACGUAUUACCAAUCUGACGCGAAUUAUCAAAGGGAUAACCCGUCUCAAACGGAUAAUCCGUCUCUAAGUGCGAAAACCGCCAUUUCUGUUAUAAAUGAAUGUCGCGCCCCGGCCUCGAGUUGGGCGUUUGCGUGUGUGCUUUUGUUUUUCACGAAGAUUAAUUUUAAAUUGACUGUUGACAUUCCUAGUAUGUGUAAAACAAUAUUGGAAGUUUAUAAAAAGUAUUAUCUAUCAAAUGUUAAAAUUUUUCAAAAGAAUUAUAGCUUAUUUCAUCCCGAGAUGAUCCUAACACCUUUAUUUUGCUUUAAAGAUACAAAAAAUACAGGUUUAUUAAUAUUCAACUCUUUGAAACAUAAGAAAUUAAUAUUUAACUUUUUUGUUAACCGUAACUGAAAAAAAUUAACCGAUAGCCGUAAAAGAGCCUAAAUUUUAGCCGAUAACCUUAAAAGACACCACCCCAUUGAGACCCUCAUUCAGCCUCAAGGAAUACUUGUUAAUUAAUGCAUACCAGAGCGGGGUACACGUUAGCCUACGUAUCAGGCCUUAUCAGGGGCAUCGGGGAGAGGAAAUCUUAGAUGGGGGAGGGGGGAAAGAGGAAAGAAGUUUCUAUCCCUUCGCUCUAUCUUCUUUUCGCUGUUCUCUUCUCCUCUCCCCCAGAAACGCCUUAUAAUCAGGCUAGGUACACAUUGUUAUCAUCCAAAGCUUAACGAGGGCUAGUCACUUUGUGUCGAAGUAAAGUAAGUAAAUCUACCGUUGCCUAGCCUGCUAACUAUUGCCUGAAUUCAAACCUGCCCCCCACUUAACUGCGAAUAUAAAGAGGUUACUGAAUAAAUCGCUUCAUUAGCACUGAGUUUUCAUUUGGACGGUCACGUAUUUGAGUUAUUUCCAGUGGCGGUAGUUAAAUUAAAUUGCCAUCUUUAUAUUAUAGUUGGUCAUUAUGUAUUUGCUUUUUUACUUUGAUUUCAGAGGCCAUGAAAAUAGUCGUGUUCUUUGUGUUUGCUUUGGUCACCAAAAAGUGCAAAUCAAAUUUGACUGUUAUUUUUAUUAUUUACGUCCAAAGGUGUGAGAUCAUCGCCCUUGGCAACUUCCCUCCCUAAAAUGGUUCCUUAUUUUACUGGGCGUCGAAGCGAACGUGAUGAGAUUAUGGGUCACUUGACUUCUGAUACUACCCAGCUGGUGACGAUCUGGGGUUCACCUGGAUUUGGAAAAACAUCUGUUGCAAUUGCGGUGGGACACGAUCUCCGAAACAAGGGAAUGCCGGUCUGUUGGUUGUCCUUACGUGGUCUGAGGUCAAAAGCAGCUCUAACUUCAAAGAUUCUUGGCUGUAUCAGGCGAUCUGUCAUAAAUGAACAGCCCUCGUUUUUGCGUCUUUCUCUUGAUGAUCAGCUUUGUCAGCUAUUAAGCGAAAUUUCGGAACGAUCUUUUUUCAUUCUCGAUAAUGCUGACGAUUUGUUGGAAAGUGGUGACCCAGAAGUAAAGGAAGAUGUUUUACAACUCAUUGAAGAAAUUCUCAGGCGCAAUGAAAAGUUGACAAUCGUAGUAACAACGAGGGCGUCUCUGGAGUUUAUGAACGUACAUUUUCAAGGCCACAAGAGUGUAAGGAUAAGAACACUGAAAGAAGCCAAUGCUCAGAUCUUAGUUCAGGAAUUACUUUCAAACGUCUGUUCUUUGGAGUGUCGGCGAAUCACGCAAAUCUGUGGCCUUGUACCCUUAGCAAUUAAAUUAUUGUGCUGCUCAAUUUCUGAAUAUAAAGCUCAACCGGGCCAAUUUCUUGAUGAAUUCAUGCAGCACUCCGCUUCAGCGAGUAUCAUCGAGAUGUUAGACAACGCAGAUCAUCCUCCCAAUCACAGAUUGCAAUUUCUUGUUUCCUCAUCUUUCGAGAGACUGAAUGCACAGGAACGAGAAUCACUAGUGUCGUUGAGUAUUCUUCCUGAUAAUUUCGGUAGUGAGGUUGCCGCUGCCGUUUUGAGUAAAAACACCUUUCAGACCAAGAAGAUAUUGCAAAGCUUUCGGAGAAAGUCACUUCUUGAUUCAGGUUUGCAGGAAGAUUUCUUCACGAUGCACAAGCUGAUUCAAACAUUUGCAAGAGAAAAGGGACUAAAUGAAAUGAAGGACACGGUCCUUAAAUCAAAGCACCGUUUGCGUUCGUUUUACGUGUCAGUGUUUGAGAAACUGAAUAGGAAAUAUCUCACUGGUCAUUCAAUGGAGGCCUUUCUGGCAUUCUAUAAAGAUGAGCAAAGCAUUGUUCAAAGCCUACUGGAGUCUCUUUCUGAUCCCAUCACAGCACGCGCAGUUUUUGAGGUGUUGGCAGAGGGAGAGUUAUUUCUUGAUAACCUUUAUUUCUUAGAGGGAUCAACCUUUGACAAAAUUUACGAUUCAGCAAUUGAGGCUGCGAAGAGGCUGGGAGCUAACGAGUCUUACAAUCAACUACUGGUUUCAAAGGCGUUCGCAGAAGUAUGUUGGGGACCGGAGGGAAGUACGACGCAAUUGCUUUGUAGAGCGAAGGAAACGGCAGAAUCCUCGGCCCUGCCAUUAGUUUCCAAGUCAGAACCACAAGGAAAACGUCUGUGUUAUUUAGGCAUCAACUACCUUGCUGGCUCUAAAACUGAAGAAGGAGUUCAGUAUUUGCGAGAGGCUCUUCACGUGAUGUAUGGGAGCCCAGAUUUGGCAGUACUUAGGCUUGUUGCUCUCCAAAUUCUUAGUCAUUUUUCCCAAGUUCAAAACUAUAUGCUCGAGUUGAAUCAGUUGCAGAACAGUGCAAAAAAGGAAUGCAAGGCAGUAGGAGACACGGAUCUACUUUUGAUAUCCUCAUGGAAAAGCAAAGAGAGAAAAACUGAAGUAGAAGAAAAGCAAACAGACUCUAACAUUCUUUCUAACCAUCCUCUAAGAUGGCAAGUACUUGACCUUGUAAGCAAGGCAACGAAGAACUUCUUGGAUACUGAGAAUAAGCAACAUCUUCGAAAUAUUUCGCAUAAAAUGCUGAAAGAGAUCGAAAUAGAGCAGCACGUUUCAAGCGGUCUCUUUCGUUUUCAUCGCAAUGUUAUAACCUUAUUUAAGACAAGUGGAGACAUUAAAAUGCUCCUUGAAACAAGAAUCAGUUACCAUCAAACAGUUCUCAGUCAAUGCAAAGAAAAUUCCUCCGCUUACCACUUGCACAGUGAAGCUCUUGCAGCGUGUUACAUGGAUCUUGGAAACUUCCUCUCCGGGAAAAAUAAAUAUUCUGAAGCCUUUAAAGCCCAACAUCAAUCACUGGGCUUGUCAAUCCCUCUUGAGGAAGAAGAACACGCAAGCACCGCUGAUAGUUAUUAUGAGCUUGGCAGCACUCGCCAUUCACUUGGAGACUUCAAAGCAGCACUAGAUUCUCUACAGCACGCACUUGAGAUCCGUCUUAAACUGUUCGGAGAAGAACACGCAAGCACCGCGGAUAGUUAUCAUCGGCUUGGCGUCACUCAUCGUUCACUUGGAGACUUCAAAGCAGCACUAGAUUCUCUACAGCACGCACUUGAGAUCCGUCUUAAACUGUUCGGAGAAGAACAGGCAAGCACCGCGGAUAGUUAUCAUGGGCUUGGCGUCACUCAUCAUUCACUUGGAGACUUCAAAGCAGCACUAGAUUCUCUACAGCACGCACUUGAGAUCCGUCUUAAACUGUUCGGAGAAGAACACGCAAGGACCGCUGAUAGUUAUCAUAAUCUUGGCGCCACUCACCAUUCACUUGGAGACUUCAAAGCAGCAAUAGAUUCUAACAAGCAGGCACUUGAGAUCCGUCUUAAACUGUUCGGAGAAGAACACGCAGGCACCGCGGAUAGUUAUCUUGAGCUUGGCGUCACUCACCAUUCACUUGGAGACUUCAAAGCAGCACUAGAUUCUCUACAGCACGCACUUGAGAUCCGUCUUAAACUGUUCGGAGAAGAACACGCAAGCAACGCUGAUAAUUAUCAUAAUCUUGGCGCCACUCACCAUUCACUUGGAGACUUCAAAGCAGCAUUAGAUUCUCUACAGCACGCACUUGAGAUCCGUCUUAAACUGUUCGGAGAAGAACACGCAAGCACCGCCGAUAGUUAUCUUGAGCUUGGCGUCACUCACCAUUUACUUGGAGACUUCAAAGCAGCACUAGAUUCUAAGAAGCACGCACUUGAGAUCUGUCUUAAACUGUUCGGAGAAGAACACGCAAGCACUGCGGAUAGUUAUGAUGGGCUUGGCGUCACUCACCAUUCACUUGGAGACUUCAAAGCGGCACUAGAUUUUAAGAAACACGCACUUGAGAUCCGUCUUCAACUGUUCGGAGAAGAACAUGCAAGCACCGCUGAUAGUUAUGAUAAGCUUGGCGUCACUCACCAUUCACUUGGAGACUUCAAAGCAGCACUAGAUUCUCUACAGCACGCACUUGAGAUCCGUCUUAAACUGUUCGGAGAAGAACACGCAAGCACCGCCGAUAGUUAUCAUGGGCUUGGCGUCACUCACCAUUCACUUGGAAACUUCAAAGCAGCACUAGAUUCUAAGAAGCACGCACUUGAGAUCCGUCUUAAACUGUUCGGAGAAGAACACGCAAGCACCGCGGAUAGUUAUCUUGAGCUUGGCGUCACUCACCAUUCACUUAGAGACUUCAAAGCAGCACUAGAUUCUAAGAAGCACGCACUUGAGAUCCGUCUUAAACUGUUCGGAGAAGAGCACGCAAGCACCGCGGAUGGUUAUCAUGCGCUUGGCGCCAGUCACCAUUCACUUGGAGACUUCAAAGCAGCAGUACAUUCUAACAAGCACGCACUUGGGAUAAGACUUAAACUGUUUGGAGAAGAACACACGAGCACCGCUAAUAGUUAUCUUUGGCUUGGCAUCACUUACCAUUCACUUGGAGACUUCAAAGCAGCACUAGAGUCUAAGAAGCACGCACUUAAGAUCCGUCUUAAACUGUUCGGAGAAGAACACGCAAGCACCGCUGAUAGUUAUCAUAGGCUUGGCGUCACUCACCAUUCACUUGGAGACUUCAAAGCAGCACUAGAUUCUCUACAGCACGCACUUGAGAUCCGUCUUAAACUGUUCGGAGAAGAACACGCAAGCACCGCGGAUAGUUAUGAUUGGCUUGGUGUCACUCACUGUUCACUUGGAGACUUCAAAGCAGCACUAGAUUCUCUACAGCACGCUCUUGAGAUCCGUCUUAAACUGUUCGGAGAAGAGCACGCAAGCACCGCUAAUAGUUAUGAGUCCCUUUUCUUUACUCAACUUUGUCUUGGUGAUUUUGAGGGAGCAUUAGAGUCAGCAAAGCAUGCACCUCACGUCCAGAUUAAACUGGGAGAAAAGCAGGCAGGUCCUGAUUAA